UACACUUUCGUACCCUUUGUCAAAGUUAAUUUCAAAACUAAUGGUUUUACACGCAUCUUCUCCAGUUUGUCGGUAUUGUAAUAUAUUUGCGAGAUAUCUUUCUGGAAGAAAAACCAUCACUCUACGACCCCCCUUCGCAAACGACUAUGAAUGCGAAAAAUUCUUCGUCGUAUCGCGCGUGCAUAUAAUUCUGUAACCGCUGCCGUGCAACCCCUGGGAAAGCCACCAAUAGUUACAUUGAACAUGUAAUUUAGUUACUGUACGUUGCAAUCACUCUCUCGGUGGUGCACGGUGCACGAUAGUCAAAUGACUCAUCCAAUCUUACUUUAAAGACCAUUUGGUAAUAGGCAAAUUUAUAAAUUGUCCUCCCGGUAUCAGAUUCUUCGCAAUGACACGUAUUACCAUCAUCAUGACGCGGAAAAUGCAUGCAAUAAUUUUGUAAUAGCUACUAAAAUAUUCCGAUAAUGUAGUGGAAUGGUAGGAUCGCGCAAUCUUUGCAAAUCUGCGUGCACAAAAUCGCAGCGACUACCAGUCGGAAUGGAUUUCUUUGACAAUGAGUACUAUAUCACCCGACAGCUAAUGGAGUCGAUCGGUCUGUGGCCUUAUGAAAAGCGAGAACGUCGAAUUGUUCGAAUGCUCUGUAUACUCGUCCUUUACAUCCAAAGUUUAGUAAUACAGUUGGCAGUAUUUAUUACGCACGAAUAUAGUGCAACAUUGUUUAUUAACGCCACCUCAUUUUCUUUUCUUUGUGUGGUUUAUCUCUUGAAAUAUAAUACGGUGUACUUCAAUUCUAAUCAUGUGAAAAAUCUGUUUGAUCAAAUUCAAUGCGAUUGGAAAUUGAUAGAAAAUAUGGACGAACUGAAAAUAAUUAAAAAAUAUGCAUAUAAAACAAAAUUAUGGGCAAUCGCAACUACGUUUAUCGUUUACCCAGGGACAUUCUUGUUUGUUUCAACUGUAUUUAUACCAGAUGUUCUUGACUUUAUAGCGCCUUUAGAUGAACCUCGUCAACGAAAAUUUCCAAUACAAGUAGAACUCUUUGUCGAUCAAGAGAGAUAUUUUUACCAUGUGUCAGUUUUCUUUAUAAUACUUGCUUUUGUGGGUAUGACAAUACUUAUGGCGACGGAAAACAUGUAUAUGAUAUUUAUACAGCAUUCUUGUGCAUUGUUCGAACUUAUCAGUUUUCGCUUAACAUGUGCGUUUGACACAGACAUGUCAAAAACGACACCCUCAAAAACUAAAUGUAAACUUUGCACUAAGUUGUUAAGUGCUCUUAACACUCAUCAACAUUGUUUAAAAUUCAUCGAAACUAUGCAACAUAAUUUUGCGAUGUCUUACUUUUUCUUAUUUGUUGUUGGUGUGGCUUCGGCCAGUGUUAACUCGUAUCGCUUUAUUGACGCAGUCACAGUACACGAUAUACUCGAAGCUAUUUUAUCCGGUUUAUUUGUAUACGCUCAUGUGUGCUAUGGUAUAUUUAUGGGACAUUUCGGACAGGAUAUAAUUAACCAUAGCGAAUAUUUUUUUCAACAAAUAUAUAGCACGCAAUGGUACACAGCACCGGUACAUGCCCAGAAAUUAUUACUCAUGACAUUACGGCAAAGCGCGAAGAGCAGUAAAAUAAUGGUCGGCGGUUUAUUUGUCAUAUCAUUAGAAGGUUUGGCCACGCUUAUAAGUAUGACAAUGUCUUACUGUAUGGUUUUGUACUCGGUUCGUAAAUAAUAAUGCAAUAUAUUUACGGCAGGAAAUGCAAUCGUCACAAAAUUAUCUAAAGAAUAACUUUACUGAUAACAAGCCGAUGAAGGUUACUUAAUUACAAAAAUAAAAAUA